AUGAUAAACAAAUCACCACAGUCACAAGAUCGCAGUUGGUUCUUCCUAGUUGAUACCCCGGGAUAUGUACGCAGUCUACUUCCUAUUACAACAACAACGAGAAUAACAGAGAAUGAUGAUAGAGAGAAUGGCGAUGUUAACGAAUGGUCUUCCACCUUAUCAUCAUCAUUAUCAUUAUCAUUAUCAUCUAUGCCUGUUGUAUUAGUGGCGGAUAAAAAAACAGGUGAUUUAAGAACAUUUAACUGUAAACUGCAAUAUCCAUGCAGUGAGUCCCUGCGGCCGCCUGCAGAUGUUAAUACACCAGCCUUCUCUUCUGCAGCUCUUCAACAAACUCCUACAGUGAAUAUGGCCCAAUCCUUUACUCUUGUGGGAAAUGAAGAAGUUUGGGUGGGUUGGUCCUCUGGGCAUAUUGGUGUAUAUCGAAUGCAUAUGAUUGAAAAAGUAUCCACAUCAUUAUCAUCAUCAUCAUCAUCAUCAAUACAAGCAAUGGGUGGAAAGAGUUCACGUACACAAAAAUCAAGAUCCCAUCAAAUACAUUGGAGAGCCAUCUGUUAUCUUUACAAACAUCGAGCAGCCGUACACUUAUUGGCUACUGGACCAGGGAAAUGGGUAUUUAGUGCGAGUCAUGAUCACCGGGUAUUACAAUGGCAUGCCGAAACACAUGAAGUUAUUCGAGAUAUAACCAAUAUCUGCAGUAUACAGGAUGAAUAUAGAUCUUCACCAAUACGUAUGAUGACGGUAGCGAUGGGGUGUUCUAGCACAAUAAGCUUUACACAUCCACAAGGUCAUUUUCUAUUUUUUUUCUCAACAGAACGAAGAAUCCUUUAUGGUGUUUCAUUAGGUGGACCAGGGAGAAGUGAGAAACUGCUAGCAGACGCAGAUGUACCCCUGCAGCGUAUUACUUCCGCACGUCCAACAGUAACUUCUUCUGCUGUUCUUGUUGGCAGCGGUGAUGAUGAUGCGGCGACUGUUUUGUGCCUUGGCGAUGAAGAGGGAUCUAUCACCUUCACACCUCUCACCGUUGUACAUAAUGGUCAUUCCAACAGAGAAGAUAUAUCUUCGUAUUCCACUUCCUUCUCUACAAGGACAGGUAGAAAUAGGAAUACGUGUAUAGAUUCCACACUCUCGGAUGGGGAGUAUCUGCGUAGAGUGGCAGAUGCCGUUCUCACAGCCGAUACAUUAUAUGUGAAUAAAGGACGUAUUACCGCAUUAUCAAUGCUUUCAGUAGUUGUAGAUAAAACAACAGGUAUAAUGUCUUAUUGUCUCGCUGCGGCUUCCUUUAAAAAUGCUAUUACACUACUUCGAGUGGGAGUAUCUCCUAUAAUAGCAGGAGGUCAUCUUUCCGGGUGUUCAUUACUGAGUGUUCUUCCAACUGUGAGUCCCAUCACAAGUCUCGCCCCGUUAUUUCCACCAGUGCGGCAAAAUAAUGUCGCCACGGCAUUAAUGUCUUUUGCAGAUGGAACGGCAGCGGUGUUGUUUCACUUUCUCAGUACAUCUACACAGCGAAUGGAUGAUCACCAGACAAUAUCAAAGAAAGAAGAAGAAGAAGAAAAGGAAGAAAUAGAAACGGCAGCAGCAGCAGCAGGGUUGUCAAUAGAUCAAAGUCCUCAUACAACAACGAUGGGGAUGAAUACGCAGAGAAGAGAAAAUAAUAAUAAUAAUAAUAAUAAUAAUAAUAAUAAUACUGUGGAUAAUAGUGUUAUUGCAUUGCAAGAACGACUUCGUACUGCACUGCAAUGUGUUUCCCAUGCGAGUACUGUAGCGGAGGAGGCGGAACAGACACUAAAGAUGCAGCAGCAGGAGUUACAAGAACUACGAACCACAAAGGAAAUGUUAACAAAACAAGUCAUACAACUCGCUGAGGCGCUGAAUAAAAAGAGUGUAGAAGUUGUUGCACUCAAACAGCAAAAAGAUGAUCAUCACAAGAAGGAAGAAAGUAUAAUAGAAGUGAAGAAGAAUAAGAUAAAAGUACAGGAAUUAGAAGAACGCAGUCGUAUCUUAUCGCAACAACUUGAAAAAUGCAAAAUGGAAAAAGAAGAAGAAUCUAAACGAUUUAGAGAGGCAGUACUGGAACGAGAUCAUAUUCAAACUGUAUUACUGGAAUCAGAGUCUCGCUAUCAAUCAGAGUUGGAUGCAUUACUUCGUGAAAAUCGAUUUCUCGCUGAGACUCUUGGGCAACUCGGGUAUGAGAUGCGGAAUGAAAGCAAUGGACAAGGCACUCAUGUAUACAGUAGAGAAGGAGAAGGUACAGUAAUAGUUUCUAAAAGGAAUGAGUCAUCACUGCGUGAAUUGCUGGAGAAUGCAUUAACUACACCAACAGAAUCCACUGAAGAGGUUAAUAUCUCCUUGCAAGGAACUCUCUUACAAAGAUUAUAA